AUGAGAGCGCAUCACGCGCUGCGUUACAUGGCAGAGCUUGUCAUCAUCACAGCGAUGGUGCUCGAUAACGACUUGUUUGUCACGGUGCCUGACAACUCAACACCGACGUGUCCGCGCCACCCUCGGCUCCCCCGCACCCGCCCCGGGCCGGCCGGUCCCCCCCGCCCGCGCGGCUCCGCAGCCGCCACUGGUGCCGCUCCGGGCGGCGGCGAGCGCGGCUCCGGCACCAACUUUUGGGAGCGGAGCGGAGUGGAGCGGGGCAUUCCGGUGCGGGGCGCGGCGCGGCCAUGCUGGGGCCGGCCGGCGCGGCUGGCGCUGGGCGCGGGGGAGCUGCCGGGGCGGCUGCUGGCGCUGCUCUGGCCGGCGCUGGUCCUGGCGGCCGCCGCGGCCGCGCUGAUGGUCCUGGUCCUGCGGGGCCUGCGGGCCGCCGGGGCCGCGCCGGGACCCCCCGCCCGCCGCGCGCCGCCGGGGAGGUGCAGGAGCAAGAGGAGGAGGAGGAGAGGAGGAGGAGGAGGGAGGAUGCCCUCGCGGGGGGCGGCGGCCGGGCGGCCGGGGCGCUGCGUCGCGGCAGCCGGAGGAAAAAGGCGCACGGCGCAAAAAGUCCCAGUAAAUGGCCAAGUUAUCACAUCAGUCAACAUCAGAGAGAAAAAGCUCCUCAAGCCCAAGAAGAAGAGGAAAAUCCAGUGCUCAGACAAGGAGGUGCCAAAAGAUCUGCUUUCUGUGGAAAAAGACAAACUGCAAGAAGAGGAAGGAGUUUGGCAGACCAAGAUCAGCAGCCGUGAAAAGAGACACUUAAGGAAGGAAAGGCUGAAACAAAAAGACCCCAGCAGGACAUCCCUGGGUAGCUCAGCGGUUGAGCCAGCCUUUGACUGGGAUGAGAAGGGAGCGGUGUGGCCACUCACAGGGGACACCAGUGGUGGUGGAAAAGGUGCUCUCUUUGCCAAGGCAGAGUGUGGGGCCACGCUGAAGGCCUCAGGAGCCACACGGGAAGAAUCAGUGCCCUCCCGGUCAGAAGAGGAUAUUUUCUCCAACGUAGGAACAUGGGAUAUUGCAGAUGUAAAAUCCUGUCCUGUGACCUUUGGGACGUUAUCAGAUCUGUCCAGGGAUUUAGAUAAUGUGAAGAGUAAAUCAUCGGAGGACAGUCCUUCCAGAUGCUGUUGGCACAGCAGCUCGACUUUCCUCCCUACAGACGAUGUGUGGCAGGGGCAGGAUGACCCUUCAGCGUUUGACCUGGACUCUGACUGGAAAGCUCCCAUGGAAGAGUGGGGGAACUGGACUGGAGAUGAGGAACAUCAGACAGGGGAGGAGAAGGAGAAGGAUUUGCCAAAAGGCAAAGCAGGCAUUCGCUUCUGCCCUUCUGGACUUGAAAGCAAAACACAGCGGAAGAAGAAGAAAAUGGAAGUGAAGGAAGCAAGGGGUGGAUCUGGGCUGAAGCAUCAAGGUUUGCAAACAAGAAUGGAAGAAGGCCCAAGGGACUUGAUAUCUACAAACUAUAGCAGUGAUGCAGUCUCUGUUUCCUUCAAAAAAUCCUUGGAUGUUGCUAAUAAUUCACCCAGUAAUGGUGUAUCUGGAAAAAAGGAGAGGAGGAAGAGGAAGAAAAUGAAGAAAGAGACUUGAGGGAGUUGUGCAGCUGCUGGAGUGACAACCCGAUGGGGCAGGCAUACUGAUGAGCUGCAAGGAUUCUGCUUUCUGCGAUGCCACACUGAGCCCAAAGCGAAGGGAGACUUCAGGAGACUCCCAGUGAGAGGAAGAGGAGAAGAGGAACAGUGAGCCAGAGAGCGUGAGUGUGUGAGAGAACGGAGAGAGUGAGCAGGCUGUGCACAGGAGGUGGUUUUGAAACAGAGUGGCUGUUCAUUGCAAACUGCUGCCCUCGGUCAAAAGGUGUUGAAUGGAGUUUGACUGGUUGCAUUAGGUCCUUUCAGUUUUUCACUGUCAUGUUGUUUGUCAACUUGUAGUGUUAUAUGCCAUUGUAGAAAUAGUUGGGCUGUACCUGACUGUGGUUGUACUGUGGUCCCAUGGAGGAUCCACCAGCUAGUCUGGCUUCCUCUUGCAUUUUGGCAGAGAUACUCAUCGACAGGCUAGUAAUGUACAGAAGGAAGCACUGUUCAGAGACAAGGAGAGAAUAAUAUGGAUCAUUCUCAAACCUCCUAAAUAUUUUUAAAUCCUUGUUGGCUGCUAUAGUCAGACUUUGCCUCAUACCUUGCCAUAUUUAUACUUUUUACCCCACAUCAGACUAGCGUGCUCCACAAGGGAACAUUUCUAAAGGAGGUUUUAAACUUGUUUGGAAAGCUGGUCUAAACCUUCUUUUCUCCUUGGAUUUCCUGGUGGGCUAAAUUUUAAAGUCUGUAUGUCCAAGCAUGUUGCAUUCAUACUUAUAAUAGACUGAGAUAACUUUUAAAAACAUUUUUCUUCACAUGUUGUUUGGAAGUUUUUAUCAUUUUGUUACUUGAAUAUUGUAAUAUAAACUAAAUUUGUGAAUGAAAUUUUUAAAAAUGUCAAUUUAGUAUUUAUUGACAAGUGUGUAUUUCUCCUUGUCAGAGAGCUCAUAGUAUGGAGGAGAGAAUGUGUUACAAUUGAAUACUGUGGUUUAUAAACAAUGCUGAGUUGACACCACUAAAAGCAGAAGCCCUUUAUCCCUAGAGGAGCUGCAGCUUUGGUGGUAGCUGGGAGGAUUUCUUCAGACUUGACCCAUCCCAGAAGUGCUGCCUCGAAGGAUGAGAGAGUGUUUGUCAAAUCUCCAUCUGCAUUCGACUCUGCCUUUGGAGAUGGUGUGGGAAGGUUAUUUUACUAAUGCAUGUUAAAUGUGUGCACAUUUGUAGGCUUUGGGCUGAUGCUGUGAAACCCAUUUCACUGGGAUACUGAGUAACCAGGGAUGUGGCUUUACACUGCCACGGCUGCACUCCUGUUUGCAUCAUGGAGCCAGAGGAGAGCUCCGUGCUUCUGCCAUGGCAGCCACCCUGUCCCUGAUCCCGACUCAUCUGAGCUUUACCUGCAGCUCAAUACUUUUACCUUGAUGGCCUUCAUCUGUUACAUAGCUGUCAAAGCAGCCAUACCCUUCAGAGAAGCAAUUAACUGCAGCAAUGUAUUUGUGUUUAGAGUUUAGCUACUAUAUGGUAAAGGGCAGAUCUCUUGUGCUGUGAUUUUUAGGGUAGUUAGCUGUGUGCUCUGAAAUUUAGCACAGCAGGAUUGUUUCAGAAAGGCAGAGGAGGGGUAAUCUUAACUGAUACCAUUAGCAGCCCACCGUCUUGGUGUUUGAGUCUCAGUAUAGGAAAACACUGGCAGUGUAUGAAUGCACUGACUAGACCAAAGGGCUUUUAUCUGGAAAGUAACUGGUUUGGAGCAGAUGCAUAACACGAAAAUACAUGGCUUCACUGGAGGAGCCGGUACAGCAAGUUCAAGGGUUUAGAAGAUGUGCUAAUGAGUAUGUGGGUAAUAAGCAAAGUUCUGCUAUCUCUGCAGCCAAUGUAAAACAUCCAUUGACCUCAUUGGGGCCAGGAUGUUGCCCAUGGUCUCUGCUUAGCAUUGAAUAUAACCUCUAUCAUCUCCAAAAAAAAAUUCUUCUGCUUUUUUCUCUAUAUCUGCUUGCAAACUUUUUGAUGUCUUUGUAACUGUUUUAUUUCAAUGUUUCAGGACUUCAAAUGUCACUGUUUUUAUAAUAAAAAAAUGAAAAAUUUUA